GGGAAAGCAGGCUCCAACAGCUUGUUGCACGCAUGCGCAAUUUUUGCUCUCGGUUUCCUUUUGGCGCCGCAGGGCACUGAGAGUCCAAGAAAAAUUUCCCUUCGGCGCGGAAGAUGCGCGCCACUUCCGGCCGGGCUCCUAACAACGGGGGAGGUUGGUAACCAGGGAGGGGGGGAUGGCGGAGCGGGCGCCGGAGCCCGAGGCGGAGGCGGAGGCUGAGGCGGGAGCAGGCGGGGAGGCGGUGGCCGAGGAGGGCGCGGCGGGCCGCAAGGCGCGGGGUCGGCCACGGCUCACGGAGUCGGACCGAGCCCGGCGGCGGCUCGAGUCCCGGAAGAAGUACGACGUGCGGCGUGUGUACCUGGGCGAGGCACACGGGCCCUGGGUGGACCUGCGGCGCCGCAGCGGCUGGAGCGACGCCAAGCUCGCCGCCUACCUCAUCUCGCUGGAGCGCGGCCAGCGUAGCGGCCGCCACGGGAAGCCUUGGGAGCAGGUCCCCAGAAAGCCAAAGCGGAAGAAAAGGCGGCGACGCAACGUGAACUGCCUGAAAAACGUGGUGAUCUGGUAUGAGGACCACAAACACCGCUGCCCAUAUGAGCCGCACCUGGCAGAGCUGGACCCCACCUUCGGUCUGUACACCACGGCCGUGUGGCAGUGCGAAGCCGGCCACCGCUAUUUCCAAGACCUGCACUCACCCCUCAAGCCGCUCAGCGACUCAGACCCUGACAGUGACAAAGUGGGCAAUGGCCUGGUGGCCGGCAGCUCUGACUCGUCCAGCUCCAGCUCUGGCUCCGACUCCGAGGAGCCCCCUGAGGCCCAGCCAGCCCAGGCAGCAGCAACAGCGGCCGUUACCCCCACCAGCCCGGUGGGCAGCAGCGGGCUCAUCACGCAGGAGGGUGUGCACAUCCCCUUCAACGUCCACCACGUGGACAGCCUGGCCGAGCAGGGCACCCCACUGUGCCCUAACCCGGCUGGCAGCGGGCCCGAAGCCCUGGAGACAGUAGUGUGCGUGCCGGUGCCCGUGCAAGUGGGCCCGGGCCCCGGCACCCUCUUUGAGAACAUGCCUCAGGAGGCGCUGGGAGAGGUGGUGGCCAGUUGCCCCAUGCCAGGCAUGGUGCCUGGCUCACAGGUGAUCAUCAUCGCAGGACCCGGCUACGACGCCCUCACAGCCGAAGGCAUCCACCUCAACAUGGCAGCAGGCAGUGGUGCCCCGGGCCGGGGCCUGGGCGACGAGGUGCCCUGCACCAUGAUGGAGGGCGUGGCGGCCUACACACAGACAGAGCCUGAGGGCAGCCAGCCUGGCACCAUAGACCCCGCAGCCAUGGCAGGCAUCGAGACCAAGAAAGAGAAGGAGGACCUAUACAUGCUUAAGAAGGAGGAAAAAAAGGAGCCAAUGGCCCCAGAGCUGGCAGAACUGGCAGCGACCGUCCCCGAGAGCGCCGAGCCAGAGCUGGAGGCCGACGGGGAAGAGCUGGAUGGUAGUGACAUGUCAGCCAUCAUCUACGAGAUCCCCAAGGAGCCCGAGAAGAGGCGGCGGAGCAAGCGGACGCGGGUGAUGGACGCCGAUGGCCUGCUGGAGAUGUUCCACUGCCCCUACGAGGGCUGCAGCCAGGUUUAUGUGGCCCUCAGCAGUUUCCAGAACCACGUCAACCUCGUACAUCGGAAAGGGAAGACCAAAGUGUGUCCUCACCCUGGCUGCGGCAAGAAGUUCUAUCUCUCCAACCACCUGCGGAGGCACAUGAUCAUCCACUCAGGUGUCCGGGAAUUCACCUGCGAAACCUGCGGCAAGUCCUUCAAGAGGAAGAACCACCUGGAGGUACACCGGCGCACGCACACCGGCGAGACGCCCCUGCAGUGCGAGAUCUGCGGCUACCAGUGCAGACAGCGCGCGUCGCUCAACUGGCACAUGAAGAAGCACACGGCCGAGGUGCAGUACAAUUUCACGUGCGAGCGCUGCGGGAAGCGCUUUGAGAAGCUGGACAGCGUCAAGUUCCACACACUCAAAAGCCACCCGGACCACAAGGCCACCUGACCCACCCGACCACUGACCGCCCCUAUUUAUUCGACCGCUGGGACAGCACGCCGGGGCCUGCUGGGACCUGGACAGACGCCGGGGCCGCCCGGACCGCGGGCCGGAAGGAGCCGCCCCUGCCCGGCACCAGCGCUGGGCUCCGGGGGCAGGCCCCCCCACUCCGCGCUCUCGGGAGCUGGCGCCUGGGGCCGCAAAGCUGGAACUGUGUCGAGAGAGCAGAGCGCUAUUAAAGAGCGAGAAAGGA